AUGGACCAGUUGGAUCGGACGCUAAAGUGCUACCUACGAGCGCAUCUGGCGACUCCACUAUCUCCAAAAAAGGACUCAAACUUGCCUGCAUUAGACGUGAAAUCCCUCGAAGCUGCAACCAUUUACUCACUUCAAGAACAACUUGCCCUAGUGAAUGCUGGAAAUGGUGAAAGUUCCCAAAGCGUGCAAAAAUACGCCUCAUCCAUCCAGUCGAAGCUCGAGUUUCUAUACAUGAUCUACUCCAAGAAUCAAGUCAACUGGCUCAACACGCUCAAAAAGCACCAGGUAUUCAUAGUGCGUUUAUUUGAAGGCAGGCACCACGACGCGAUCCAGACCCAGCUAGAGUAUACUUUUGCUCACAUAUUGAAGCAUCUUGGCUUGCCAGUGGAUAAAUGUGACGCCAUUAGCCUCUUGCGGGGUGUGCCAUAUGUUCAAUGUGAUGCGGAAGUGUGCCAGACGAUACUGGCCUUCCAUUUCUUUAUCUUACAGUGGCUUGUGCAUAGCAUAUCAAAGAAAGGAGUCCCAAAAGACAGUGGUGAUGAUGAUGGUGAAGGUGAUGAUGAAAAAAAGAUAAGCUUGCUCAAGCACGUACCCUCUGCUUUCCUUACAAAGAGCAAUAUGCGUCAGUGGAUGGCUGCUCUGGGUGGUGGUAAAGAUGACAAGUACACAAAGAAUUGCAUCAAGCUAAUAAAAGCAUUUGUCAAGAUUUGCAACAGCCUUGACAAUGAUGACUUGCAACUGACCAUAUUGUGCUUAAAGACUCGGCUUCUUGAGUUUACUAGUGUUCAGGAGGACUUGAGUAACCUUAAAGUGUUGCCCGGAAUCACCACUAAAGACAAUUCAGACAUCUCGAAUCCUGCCAGAGACGAGGCAGUCACUUCAUCAAGUACAGAUCUAGUUGCAGGUGGAGCGGACAUCUUUAGCAAAUUAGAUGUCAAUAUCGUACUCAUAAACGAUGACACUUUUAUCGCCCAGUUUACAGACAUCGCAUGGAAUUUUAAAACAGUUGGACAAUUCAUUCAAACAUUCAGGAAAUCAAUAGACUCAAUCUCGCUCACCAAGUUGCACUUGACUAUACUCGACCACAUCACAAUAUAUGCGAAUGACAACCUCAGUCCUAGUCUAGUCCCGAGUCUAAAACAGCUAUUCACCAUCUUUGAAUCAUUCAACCAAAGAAAACGAAUGCGCAACGUUUCCAACUUGCUAUUCAGUCUCGGGAAAAAGACACAGGAUAUCGAUUUGAUGGAACUGGCAAUAGAAUACGAGUUUGCUAUCAUCAAAAAAGACCCCACGAGUACAAACUUUGAGUAUUUCCUCAACAAGAUCAAAAUGGUCAAACACGUCAACAAGGCGAUAUUCACGUCACUAUUAAAAGCUUGCCAAGUACACCCGGGUUACCAAUUGCACAUCCAGCAAAUCUGUCUACUAAUAAUGACCAACCUUCACGUUUUAGCAUUUAUCAAUGACAUUGAGCAAGGUUUCAAAAAAAAGUUUGUGUAUGGAAUAUUUCGGCAUACGAAGCUGCAGAAAGGCAGAGACUAUUUGUCGCUCUGUAAUUUGAUGUCGAAGACGUUUGAUUUUGUUAAUGCGGAACUGAAUGUGGAUCCGGACAUGGACAUGGACACGGGCCUGGAUCUAAACAUGAACCAUUCUAUACGUUUGUCACUCGUCGAUGACAAAAUGUAUUCAUCACUGCCACGCAGUGCAUUUGUCGAAAUCUGUCAUGAACUAACGCAUGGUCCAACGUGGGAGCAAACUUUGCUCGUGAAAUGUUUUCCAACUUUACAAGCAUGGAAUCCCUCUAAUGCGUCACAAAUAGAACAUGACCAUGCAUUAAAGACUCUUACAAGACUCCGUCAUCACGGUUUAUCAGACUAUACGUUUAAACUCGUUCAAUCUUGGUUAGCUAAAAAUGUCAAGGGGCAAUUCAAAUUACAGUUGUGCUUUGAAAUGUGUCAUGCUUGUGAAAGGCUAAAUUUGCAAACUCAAUGGAGCGAAGCAAUUACAACUAUCCAGCAGGAAAUUCGGUCGACUAAAAACAUCAUCAACCUCAAUGAGAUUGCUGCUUACAAAAUUCAACAAAUUACCCUCCUUAUAGCGGGAAACUCUUUUGGGUUAGCUCGAGAGAAAUUCGCAGUGUUGCUCAAGACAAUCAAACUGCGACCAGAGUAUGAUAUACAUUCCCACUCUCGCAACUUGCCCAUUGUGGAAAAGCUUCAGAAUUUCUUGGCAUUGAGUCGUUUGCAACUUGUUGCAGCGAAACUUUCACAGCUGCCGGUUGAUGCAUACACCAGCCUCAAAACCAGCUUGCAGUUGGUCAGCUCGAUUACCAAAAGAUGCGCUGAUUACCCAACCAAAGGCACUGUUGAAGAUUUGCAACUCGAUUGUGCUCAUUUGAGCUUUGAAAUUUACAAUGCAGCCAUUGAGAACCUCAUUGAUUUGGGAUUAUCCCAAAACAUUGUCAUCUACUUGAACGAGUGGAGCAAAUCCAACGACGAGGUGGAUCUACCUAUUGUUAAUCAAGUCAACAGGCUAAAGAUUGGGAUAUAUGCCCAUUUAUCUGGGUCUGCGCAAUUCCAACUGCAUCUUGAUAUGGUAAACGAACAGGUACGGAACAACAAAACCGUGCAAGACUAUCUCGCAGUUGCCAAUCUUGUUACCGUCGCCACCCAUGACGUUGCAGGGCUUGAGAAAAAGAAUCAGCAGCAGCAGCAGCAGCGUUUUCACGAUAACGAUGGUCAAGUCUUUGACGACAGAAAGUUUCGCUAUCUUGACAUUGCAUCAACAGCAGCAGCAAAAACUUGCAAAAAUGACUUGCUGCAAUUCAAAACCAUGCCAGAUAUUGAUAGUUGUAUCGAAAAGUUGAAAGAUCACAAGAACAAUGCAAAAGAACCAAGAUACGUGCUGAUUUUUCCAGCAAUCUCAGAAGUCACUGAGGUCAGCACGAGCCCCGUUCCGCAAGACGUAUUCGAUCUGUUAGUGCGCCACAAGGAUCAUCUUUUAAAAACACUAGCAAACAGAUGCCUCUCGGUACCGGAAAGGAGAAAAGGCACCUGUUGUCUUUCGAGCGGCGUUCAUUUGAUGUCGUUGGUGGGGGCAUAUAGGGGGAAAGAGCUACUUCAAAAAGUUUACUUUCUCGAGGACGAGUUGCGGACUUUGCCUUUUAGAAACCAAAAGGAGAUCUACUGUGCUGAAGAAAAGGGAUUCAUUCCCAAAUUACCAACGCAGCAAAAGCAAACUAAUGACGAGUUUGAUCUAGGAUACGAGGAGUUUAAACAAGAUCUCAAGACAAAUAUCCCUCCUCGUUGGAAGAUAGUAACCUUGGACGUUUGCGAUCACACGGGUGAUCUCUUACUAUCAAGCUACACAAGGGACAAGAAACCUACUUACGUGAGACUUUCAUUGACUCGAUUCAAGGAAAGAGAAGGGGUCAGUGUAUUUGACUUUAAUUCCAUGAAACUGGAAUUCAAUGCAAUUCUUUGUGACAAUCGCAAAUCCACAAAGUCAUCCACGACAUCACAAGUGAAAACCAUUGGCGAUCGGAAAAAAUGGUGGAAAAUGCGAUUUAUUUUGGAUAACAAUCUCCGAGAACUAUGCCAACAUGUGGAAAAAUACUGGUUUGGUGGGUUCAAAGGUAUAUUUUGCGAGCGGGAUGGCAUGCUUUUCACCAAGUUUAAAGAGGAACUCGUCAAGAUAUUGGAGACGCUGAUUUCCAAAACCAUAAAUCGAGGCAUCGUGCUCACUGAUUUCAUCUACGAACGGUUUUAUUCACUCGUGGAGUACGACCGCGCGUGUGUUGAUGAUUUGUUAUCAUACAUCAUUCUGAUAAUCUCGUUCCAUGUCGAAAUUUCCCUUGAAACCAUUCGAUUUGAGAAAUUGCAUGCUUCAAUCAAGCAGUUGAUUGAGAAAUAUGCGUCUUUCCAAAGUGCAGAUACAAGCCACGUUGUUCUUGUGCCGAGUUCUCGCUGUGCUUUCUUUCCCUGGGAGUCAAUGGACAUUUUGCGAAACAAAUCAGUGACGCGGAUGCCAUCCGUGGCGCACCUCCUCCAGGCGCUCAAGUGCAAUGCUGCAAUCACGGCCAACGACGCUUAUUAUCUUAUAAACCCCGGCGGCGAUUUGCACAACAGCGAGAAUCGAUUCAAGCCCAUGGUGCAGAAGAUGCCAACUUGGCGUGGCUUGGUUGGAACUAAACCGGAUCCCUCGAGAAUAAUCCAGGAUAUUCUCGAUGCUAGGUUGUAUUUGUACAUUGGACACGGGGGAAGUGAUCAGUACUUUAAGAUGUCAGCAUUGAUGAAGCAAACACGUGGCAGCCAAAAACAACAUCAGAGUUUACCGCCAUCUUUCCUCAUUGGUUGUUCAUCCGGUGCAAUCCAAGACCAAGGCAAAUUAGAGCCCUGGGGAAGCAUAUUCAGCUGGCUAAACUGCGGAUCACCGUUGAUUUUCGCUAAUCUAUGGGACGUGACAGAUAAAGACAUCGAUGCAUUAACAAUCACCAUGAUGGACCAGUGGGGUCUAUUUUCAAUUGGGCAACGUGAACCCGCGCAUCAACGUGAAAAUAUCGCUGAUGCUGUUGCUCGCGCGAGAAGCGUUUGCAAUUUAAAGUAUUUGAAUGGUGCUGCUCCUGUGCUUUACGGGUUGCCCUUACCUUUAUCUGAACUGAGUUAG